UCUCGCCCACCAUUUCCACUCUCGCCCACCAUUUCCGCGCUCCCCCCUCCCCCGCCUCCGGUCGAAACCGCUCCGCUCGGCGGCUCCAACAAGAAACGCGCAAGGCAGGGUGCUCCGUCGUCCAUUCGCCGACAGAUCGACCAUCGUCCAUGGCGAAGAGGGCGACGGUCAUGGUGCUCGCGGCGGCGCUCGCGGUCCUCCUGCUGGCGGCGGCGUCGUCGGCCCCCGUGGCCAGCGCCGCGCGGGACGACCCGGCUGCGGCGGCGGCGGCCGUCUCAUCUUCUCAUGACCAGAAGCAGGGAUCGGCGGAAACGGAAGGCGGGUGCGAGGGCGCCAACGACGAGGACGAGUGCAUGAUGAGGCGCACGCUGAACGCGCACACCGACUACAUCUACACCCAGCAGCACCACAACUGAUCCAUCAUCAUCCCUCUCCUAUCUAUAUCCUAGGCUAUAUAUAUAUAUAUAUACGACAUGCGUUGCUCCGUGCUCGUCGUGUUCUUUCUCUGUUCCCGUCCGUGGCGUGUGAACACUGUGCAUGGCGCGUUACCUGCGUGUCAAUAAUAACAGUUUCGAUUUUUCUUUUUUUGUCCCAUGUCACAGUAGUGAUCCAUCGAUCGAUCUAUCCAUCCUAGCUCGAGGAUUUCUUGCUUGUUGUUUCAUCUCGAGGAUUUCUUGUUUGUUGUUUCAUUCUAUGCAUGUAUGUACGCAUUCAGAAAAGUUCAAGUAUUAUCCACCAAA